UUCUCUUUCAACUAAAAAUCUCCAAAACCGAGAAGGAGCCAGCACCAACUGAUUCUUUAAGGACUCUACUGCAGCAAUUAAUUCCAUCUCAUCUCUUUGUGAAUAAGAAGACAGAAUGAAAAACUUGACCUUUUCUACAGUUUUAGUUUUCCUCUCAUUUGUUCAUACUGCUUUUCAGACACUCGACAAGGAAAUAUUCUUAAUAUUCAAUGAGGAUACUAAGUUAUGUUUAAUUGCUCAGAGUUCUGACGCAGUCUCAACAGCUGCUUGCAAGAAAAACAGUGACUUACAAAAAUUCAGGUGGGUCUCGGAUCAUCAGUUAAUGAGCGUGGCGUUUGCACAAUGCUUGGGAGUGCCCAACAAGAGAAACCAGGCUAAAAUUUCUCUGUACCCAUGCAAAAAGAAAAGUGAAUUCCAGAAAUGGGAAUGCAGAAAUGCAGCCUUGGCAAUCCAAGGGGAAGAUUUAUUUCUCAGUGCUGGCAAAAAAAAAGUAAAUAUUGUGCUGAAAACAGGAUCAGAGGCAAUGGAUAAAUGGAAGAUCUAUGGAACCAUGGAUAAUUUGUGCACUCGAAGCUACGAAGACCUGUUUACACUGUUAGGAAAUUCCAAUGGAGCUCCGUGUGCCUUCCCCUUCCUGUUGAGUGGAAGAUGGUAUGCUGAGUGCACAGCUGCUGGCAGGUCAGAUGGUCUGUUCUGGUGUGCAACCACACCCAACUUCGACGAGGACCAUUUGUUUGGGUUCUGUCCAGCUGCCAACUUUGACAGAUUUUGGAGUACAGAUCCUUUGACAGGAACCUACUACCAGAUAAACCACCAGUCAGCUCUCACAUGGCACCAAGCAAGGAAGAGCUGUCAACAACAGAAUGCAGAAUUAUUAAGUGUCACGGAGAUACAUGAACAAAUGUAUCUAAGAGAUUUGAUUGACAGCAAGAGAUCCUCUCUCUGGAUUGGGCUUAACAGUCUGAAUCUCAACAGUGGUUGGCAGUGGAGUGGUGGCUUUCCCUCCAGAUACUUUAACUGGGCACCAGGAAGCCCUGAGCCUGAGUCUGAAAAACUCUGUGCAGUACUAAACCCCAGAAGAGAUGCUAAAUGGGAAAACCAUCCAUGUGAGCUGAAACUUGGCUAUAUUUGUAAAAAGGAAAAAUCUACAAAGGAUCCUUUAAUUCUUCCAUCUGGAGAUGCAGAGUCUGUUAAAUGCCCAGAAGAAUGGUUGCCCAAUGGAGGUCAUUGUUUCAAGAUUCAUAGAGACCCCAAAGAAUGGAGAGAAGCUCUAAUUUCCUGCAAUGAGAGCAGUGGUGACCUGGCCAGUAUCCACAACCCUGAGGAGCAUGGCUUCAUACUGUCUCAGCUUGGCUACAGAGCUGUGGAUGAGCUGUGGAUUGGCCUGAACGACCUCAAAAUUCAAAUGUACUUUGAGUGGAGUGAUGGGACUCCUGUGACAUAUACCAAGUGGUUGCCUGAAGAACCAACCCAUGAAGUCACUGGCCAAGAAGAUUGUGUCAUUAUGGCAGGAAAGGAUGGAUACUGGGCAGACAGUUCCUGUGACAGGAAGUUAGGCUACAUCUGCAGAAGAGACCCACUACAAGGAGUUUCUCAAGCAGCAAAGACUGAUCCUGCCUGCCUGAAGGGUUGGGAAAGAUAUGGUUUUUACUGCUACCUGGUUGGACAUGCCUCUGUAACAUUUUCAGAAGCAAAGAAAACCUGUGAAAGGAGCAGUGGUUAUUUAACAAGUAUAGCAGACAGAUAUGAGCAAGCCUACUUGACCAGCCUCAUUGGUCUGAGCUCUGAGAAGUAUUUUUGGAUUGGUCUCUCAGACAUGGAAGAGCAAGGGAUUUUCAAGUGGGUGACUGGUGAAGGUGUUCUGUACACAAACUGGAAUACAGCAAUGCCUGGUGACACUAAGAUGGGAGCGUGUGUCAGUCUGUUGGAAGGGAAGGAAGCUGGUUGUGUUGCCCUUAGGACUGGAAAUGCAGCUGGACUAUGGGAUGUUCAGAAUUGUGAAGUAAAGGCAAAAUUUCUCUGCAAAAAAUUAGCUGAAAAAGUCACUCUUCCAGCUGCUUCUGAAACAGUUUUUGAUUCCAAAUGUCCCUUGGGUUGGGAUACAAGCAAUAGCACUAAUUCCUGCUUCAGAGGUUUUGUGAGAGAAGAAGACCAAAAGAAAACAUGGUUUGAAGCCCGAGAUUUCUGCAGAGAAGUAGGAGGAGACCUGGCUGCCAUUAGAAAUGAAGAAGAGCAAACAGUCAUAGAAAACUUAAUAAAAAAGAAAUCCCCAUCAUUUCAGCCUUUCUGGAUAGGUUUGCAGUGUUUGGAUCCUGAUGGUGGACUUUCCUGGAGUGAUGGUUCUCCGGUGAAUUAUAAAGAUAAAGCAAGAGACUAUUUUUAUGAUGCUGCAUUUCAAGAUUGUGGAGCAAUCAGUGAAAACCCUUCCUUGUCAUGGAUUAAGGAGCACUGUGAAUACAGUCAUAACUGGAUUUGUGAAAUAAAAAAAGGGACACCCUUGAAACCAGAACCUCCGGGCCCUUCUACCACAUAUGAAGUCACAGAAGAUGGCUGGAUUGUAAAAGGAGACAAACAAUAUUUUUUCAGCCCAGAAAAGACCUCUAUGGAGAAAGCCAGAACAUUCUGCAGAAACAAUCACGGACAUCUUGCUACUAUUGGAAAUAAUAAUGAAAGAAAAUUUUUGUGGAAAUACAUCUUAAAAAAUGGCAAACUGAACUCAUAUCUCAUAGGAUUAAUCCAGAAUGCUGAUCAACAGUUCAGCUGGAUGAGUGGAAGCCCAGUGCACUAUGCAGCUUGGGCACAGGGUGAGCCCAACUUUGCAGAAGCUCAAGAAAAUUGUGUGGUUUUAAACAAAAAAGAUGGCUUGUGGAAUGAUGUCAACUGUGGUUUUUCCAAUGGCUACAUCUGUGAGAGGCACAGAAGUUUUAUAAAUGCAACCCUUCCUUCAGCAAUACCUUCACCUCCUGGAGGAUGUCCUGCAGGUUGGAUUUUAUUUAAAAAUCAGUGUUACAAAUUUUUUGGCUCUGGCUAUGAUUACUGGAGUACUGGAAGAAGAGUUUGCAUGAGCCUUGGAGGAGACUUGGCAAGCAUACCUAAUGAACAAGUUCAAGCUUUUCUCACGUACCAUUUGAAGGAUGCUUCAAAUGAUCUUUGGAUUGGCUUGAAUGAUCUGCUCAGUGAACUCAACUUUGUUUGGUCUGAUGGAAGUGCUGUCUCAUAUACAAACUGGGCUAAAGGUUCCCCAAAACUUGUAGAACCUAUUUUGUAUGACAGUCUGCAUCCAGAAGAUGGCCAAAAUCGGCUACAGUAUGACUGUGUUUCUCUGAAGAGAGGUCCUGCUGAUGACACAGGAAAAUGGAACAAUGAGGAGUGUUUUAAGUACAGAGGGUAUAUAUGCCAGAAGAAUAGUGAUCCUGAACUUUUUAAAUCAUCAGCAACAGUGCUGGACUUUGCUUUUGCCCCUUCCAGUGGGAUUAGCUAUUCUGUCACCCAUUCCAAAAUGAACUGGGAGGAAGCACACCAAAACUGCAGUAACAAUGCCUCAGAACUUGCCAGCAUUUUAGACCCACAUAGCCAGGCACAGUUGUUCCUACUUGCAAAGGAAUAUGGAGAGCCCCUGUGGAUUGGUCUUAACAGCAACAGGACCAAUGGCAAGUAUCAAUGGACUGACAGGUGGAGUUUAGUUUACAGCAAGUGGGCCAGUGGAGAACCAAAGCAGACACUAGCAUGUGUCUACCUAGACACUGACGGCACCUGGAAGACAGCUUCUUGCGAGGAAAAAUUCUUUUCUGUCUGUAAAAAAUCAGAUGUAAUGGCCCCUACUGAACCCCCACAACUUCCUGGAAAAUGCCCUGAAUCAAGAGGACACAAAUCUUGGAUACCGUUUUCUGGUCACUGCUAUUACUUUGAGGCGUCCAAGAAAAGAAGGUGGUCUCAAGCUCAGGAGGAAUGUGCCCGACUGGGUGCUGAUUUGGUAUCAGUAGGAGACUAUAGUGAAACAAAUUUUCUGUCAGAAACCAUUAAGAUACUCCAUGGAAAAUCAUUGAACUUUUGGGUAGGGUUAAAGAAAAAUGACAGAGGACAGUGGGUAUGGACAGAUAAAUCUGCAAUGGAUUUUGUCAACUGGCAAUGGGGAGAACCAUCAAACCAAAGGCUUAAAGACUGUGGAGAACUAUGUGCAUUGUCCGGCUCCUGGAAUACCAACCUCUGUUCUUUCAAAAAAGGAUAUAUCUGUAAAAAAAAUAAAACUCCUGAAAACAAAGAAAUGUCAACAGAAAAUACAGAAGAGAAAAUGGAGAAAGUACUUUCUGCUGGCAUCAUUUGGCUGCUCGUUCUUCUAGCCCUUUCUACAGUUGGAGCUGGAAGUAUAAUUUAUUUCUGCUUGAGGAGGAAAAGACAAAACCUGCCACAUAUUUCAACCAGAAUGAGUGGUGGAUCAGAAGCAACUGUGGAUAUUCAAGUAAAAGAUACACAUUCAGACAUGUAGUCUGACCAAAUGCUCAUGUGAUCCAACUACCAAAAACCAGGCUAUAAAUCAGUGAAGUCUUAUCCCAGCUUUGUGUUUUCCUACCCAGACAAUAGUCUCCUUUCUUCUCAAAAACACACACAUCUUUCAAAAUUCCUUCCAAAGUGUUACAGAGUUGUUCAGUCUGGGGAGUGUAUAUGUGUUUUUCAUAUAAAUGGGCAUGGCUGAAAAGAUGGCCCCAGAGCUGUUAUGGGGAAAGUAUGACAGAUAUUUACUAUGUGAAAAUUACUUUAUUUAACUCAGUGGAGAAAUUCUCCCUUUUUAAACACAGGGGAAAUCAUUACUCAUCACUUUAAAUUAUUUUUCCCUGUGUGUUACUUCAGUUGUAUCUAGACUAUGAUGGGAAUCACAGAAUUAACUAGGCUGGAAAAGACCUUUGAGAUCAUCAAGUCCAACCUAUGAAACACUGCUCAUUUCAGGUUUUCAUCUUCAUAGUUUAUGAUAUUCUCUUUUGAUUCAUGUAAAAACUGUUAUGAUACCUGCAUCUGUGUAUUAAGUACUAUUUGUUUACAAAAAGAAAAAAAGACAGAAAAUGGUAAAAAAAUUGAAGAGGCUCAUUUAAUUUUACCUCCAGUCUAAAUUUUUGAAUUAGGCUAUUUUCUAUGGUCUCGCACUAUUCUAGAAUUCUGCAAAUAUCUCUAUUUUUUGGCAGUUCAAAUUAAUAUUAAAGAUAGAACAGGAGAUGAUCUUUCCAUUGGGUUUUAUUUCAGUAAUGAUUCCUUUAGUAUGCAAAGCUGCUCCUUUUUAAAUCCAAGCAUGUAUAAUAAAUGGCUGUCUUACAGUGCUUUUUGUAAUUUUUUAGUGCAGAUAUAAAAUCACUGACAUACCUUUUGAAAAUACA